GAAUGCUUUGCAUGUGCAGAGCGUGACGACUUCUGUUGGAGGGAAUGGGAGAAAUUUGUGAGUUUCCGGAUUCGGGAGACAUAUCUGUCCGUCUGAUUGAGUAGAAAAGUCGCCACGGGUUGCCGCAGAUUUGUAAUUGACUGGUGAGGAGUUAAUUUAUUCACCCAACGCGUACCACAAAAGUCAAUUCGUACAGAACUGUAAUCCAUUGAUACAACGAACAGGCUGGGAGCGUAAAAAUUAGGAAUUAACCAUGAGUGCCCUCUCGAUUCCUUUGUGUGUUUCGCUUUUGGGGCUUUUCUCUGGUGUUUGCGUCAUAGGUGUUCGAAUUGAUUGUACAACCAUUGAAUCUUCAUGUGGAGCCUGUAUACAGAACAUAGACCCACCAUGUUCGUGGUGUGAGGAUGCUGAAUAUAUGUGGCUAGAGCAGCCAAGAGCAAGAUGUGAUGAUAUCAAGAACCAUACUAGAAAUGGCUGCAAGAAGAUAGCCAAUCCAAAAUCUGAUUAUGUUACACAUGAAAGUAAACCACUUGAUGAUGACAUCAAAGUCACCCCUCAGAAUUUAACUCUGUCUCUUAGACCAGGUCAACCAGCAACUAUUAAAGUGGAUGUUAAGAUGCCCGAAAAUUAUCCAGUAGAUCUUUAUUACCUGAUGGAUUUAUCUGGCUCUAUGGUAGAAGAUCUUAAAAAGUUUCCAACUCUUGGACAGCAGAUAGCUAAAGAAAUGAAAAACAUCACAAACCGGUUCCGUCUUGGUUUUGGAGGAUUCGUAGACAAGCCAGUGGCCCCUUACAUUGACACUGCACCUGCAGCGUUAAAACACCCACUGGAUGCAACUGCUGCAAACCCUGUCUCUGUUCCAGCAUUUGGUUUUAUCAACCAACUGAAACUGACUCCAAAUUAUUCUGAGUUUGAAAGUGCUGUUCAGCGAGUGAAUAUUUCAGGGAAUAUUGAUAAUCCUGAAGGAACAUUAGACGCCCUGAUGCAGAUUGCAGUCUGUGGUCCGAAAAUCGGUUGGACAGACAAGCAAUCUGCCAGAAGACUGGUCAUUGUAAUAACUGAUGCUAAUUACCAUUUUGCUGGUGAUGGUUUGCUUGGUGGAAUCAUCAUACCAAAUGAUGGCCACUGUCAUACAGAACAUGGCAAGUACAUGGCAUCCACAACAAUGGACUACCCAUCCCCAGGCUUUCUCAAACAGAAAUUGAUUGAGGAGCAAGUGUCACCAAUCUUCGCGAUCAAUAAAACAAAAGUGAAUGUGUAUGAACAAUACAAGGAACUAGUAGACUUCUUUGGCAAAGAGUCUGGAGCUGUGGUAGAUUUACUGAGUGAAGAUUCCUCUAACAUAGUUGAACUUAUCAGAGAAGCUUAUGAGACAAUUGCCCAAACACAGACAAUUCGCGACACGGCACCAGAGGGUGUGAGGGUAAAUUAUACAGCCUUCUGUCCUGAUGGAGUACAAAUUGGAUCAAGGACUUGCGCUAAUGUUCAGAUUGGACAAAAGGUGUCAUUUGAGGUCUCGGUCACCAUUGAAGAUUGUAAUCUUAAGGAAAAGAGUUUUUCUUUGGUCACUCCAUUUGGAAAUGUGGAUAUAAAUUUGGAUUUUAUUUGUAGCUGCCAGUGCGAGAAAGAUGAGAACACAGAAGAAUCAAGCCCUUUCUGCUCUGGAAAUGGCACACUAACUUGUGGACAGUGUAAAUGUGACAAAGACUGGGCUGGACGGAAAUGCCAGUGCCAAGAUGAAACCAAGAGUGCUCCUGAACAGUGCAUCAGAUUGAAUCAAACUGCUUUGUUAAGGUUACAAGAAAUGGUUCGCAAUAACAACUUAACGGCGAAGGAUAAUUCAACGGAUACCGAGGUGUGCAGUGGAUCGGGAACUUGCCUGUGCGGAGACUGCCAAUGUGAUAAGGGGACUCGCCCUGGUGAAAUCAUUAAUGGUAAAUACUGUGAGUGUAGCAACAUGAAUUGUCCUUCAGAUCCAGACACUGGUCUGAUCUGUGGAGGUCCUGAUCAUGGCCAGUGCGUGUGUGGGAACUGUAGCUGUAACGGAAACUGGACAGACAAUGACUGCAGCUGUACUACAAGCACUGACGGAUGUAUGAAGGAUGGGGUGCUGUGUAACGGUUAUGGCUCCUGUCAGUGCGGUACGUGUGUUUGUAACAGUUCCACUGUGUACAGAGGAAAGUAUUGUGAUGAAUGUCCGAGCUGUGCUGGAAAAUGUUCUCUCAACAAAGACUGCGUGCAGUGUUUAGCGUUCAACAGUGGUGCAAUAAAAGCCGAGGACUGCAGUACUCGCUGCAAAGAGUUUAAGAUGAAUCAAGUCAAUGAACUUUCUCCUGAAAUGGGAGAAAGAUGUACAUUCAAAGACGAUGAUGACUGCUCGUUCAGCUUCAGCUACAAAGAGAACCCUGGCAAGGAUGUGAUUAUAUCCGUACAGAAGGACAAAGUUUGUCCUAAAGAAGCCGAAGCACUCGCAGUUAUUUUGGGUGUCGUCGGAGGAGUACUGGGUGUGGGUCUAGCUCUGCUCCUUAUAUGGAAGCUGCUCGCCACGAUCCAGGACCGACGAGAAUUCGCUAAGUUUGAGAAAGAAAGACAGAAUGCUCAGUGGGACACAGGAGAGAAUCCAAUCUUUAAGCAGGCGACCACUACUUUCCAAAAUCCCACUUAUGGGGGAAAAUGAGAGAGGAAAACAUCAAUUAUGGAACGGAAAACUCAAGCUGUGAAUAUCUUAAUAUAGGAGGAAUAUUUUUACGGUCGGCUGCCAUCAUUUUAUCUUUGAUGGAUUGACUAAGGCCCUCCUAGUUGUAGAGUUAAAAUACAGAUCUUGUGCAUGCGCACAAGUUUUCCUCUCGUCGACGGUACCAUCUGGGUUCAUCCUUUGCACAUGCCUAGUUCUACAGUUCGUGUAAUGCUAAGGUUACGAAUGUAAGUUUUGAGUUGUAGAUAGUAUACUGAAGGCAAAAAUGUUCAAGUGAAUUUUGUCCUUGGGAUAAAUUUUUAACUCAAAGUGGCUAAGUGCUUACCUUUGGCAGUGCCAUAUUUAUUGCUAUUAUUUUUAUAUGGAAACAUUUUGCCUCGAUAUUCCACUUUGUUAUCUUUAGUUUGGAAGUACAUUUUACUGAGCUAUUUUUAGAUUCAUUUUCUUAAUAAUAGGUUUGAGUACUAUGGGCUCCCUUUGUUACUAAUUUUGUUCUUGUUGACGUUGUGAGUUUUGCUUUUUGUUUGUUUUUUGGUUUGUUUUUUUUUAAAGAUUUUUUACAUUUUCAAAUUUUGUUGAAACUUUAACUGGCGAAUAAAUUUGUCACCAUCUAUUUUAAUGAAA